AUGGUUGAUUUUGGAGAGAUCCUCAGGAACAUUGGAGAAUUUGGAUUAUUCCAGCAGCUCACUCUGUUUGCUCUUUGCUUUCCAAAUUUCAGUCAGUCUUUUCUAUUGGCAAGCUUUCUUUUUAUCGAGUCAGAUCCAGAGCGACACUGUAACACAGACUGGAUCCUUCAGGCGGACACUAACAUCACUAGAGAUGAGCAGCUGAACCUAACUCUGCCCCGGGAGGAGGAUGGGACCUUCAGCAGGUGUCAGAUGUUUGUCCCUGUUGACUGGGACAUUGGUGCCAUCAGGAAGUAUGGACUCAAUGAGACCACAGGGUGCCAGAACGGAUGGGUGUACAGCAACAUGCUGUAUAAGGCCACCAUAGUCACUGAUUAUGACCUGGUUUGUGACAAGGCUAAAUUGGUGGAAGUGGUUCAAGCAGUGCUCAUGGCUGGAAUUCUUGUCGGUUCUCUCAUAUUCGGUCCCUUUGCUGAAUCGUUUGGUCGCAAACGAGGAUCUCAAAUAUCAGUGGUCAUAAUAUUCAUAUUUAUUAUAACAACAGGGCUGUGCCCCAGUGUCUACUUAUAUUUAGUUUCUCAGUUCAUGGUGGGAGUUGGAGCUGGUGGAUAUCGGGUCAACUGUAUUGUACUAGCCACUGAGUGGAUUGGGGUGUCCAAACGAUCAUGGGGAGCAUGUGUGGUUCAGCUAUGUAGUGCAGUUGGAAUGUGUACCCUCGCUGGUUUGAUCUACUUCAUCAGAGACUGGAGGCUGGCUCAACUAAUCACGGCAGCUCCACUUAGUGUGGUUGUUAUCUACAUAUGGUUUAUUCCAGAGUCAGCCAGAUGGUUGUUAAGCAGAGGAAGGACUGAGGAGGCUAAAGAGCUAAUUUCCAAGGCAGCAGCCAUCAACAAACGCACUGUUCCAGCCUCUCUUCUGGACAAAAUUGCUGUGAAAGAUGUUAGUAACAAAGGAGGCAUUAAAGUUAUUUUCAGAUCACCUGUACUGACCAAAUAUUUCCUCAUCAUAACUUUGGCAUGGUUUUCAGUGAACCUUUCCAUUUUCUGCAUUUACUUCAAUGUGGGAAACCUUGGCUUGAACAUCUUUCUGACACAGCUUUUGUUUGGUGCCAUUGAAAUACCAGCUCAUAUACUUUGUAUGUGGCUUUUGGAGGUUAUAGGAAGAAAAAAAUUGCUUGGAUCAACCAUUAUCACUGCAGGACUCUGCAUGCUUAUCCUAGCUGUUCCUCAAGAAUAUUCCAUUGCUGUAACAUCUUUGGCCGUCUUAUCGCGUUUUUUCCUGUUGUGGGCUGUUUCUAUAUGUAAUGUUUUUGUUCAGGAGUUGUUCCCAACAUCUGUUAGACAAACGGCCACAGCUUUAGGAGCCAUUGCAGCAAGAACAGGUGGAUUACUGGCUCCACUGCUCAACAUGUUGGCCAUGUACCACCGGGUCAUACCCAUCAUAGUCUUCAGCAGCCUUACACUGCUCAGUGGAGCUCUCAGCUUCCUGCUUCCUGAGACCAGGAGAAAAGACCUUCCUGAGUUUGACAAUGAGGCUGAGAACAACAGAAAAAGGACCUACACAGCCAGUUCUUCAAAUUCAACCAAGCUGUAGACAUCUUCAAUCCACACAGAAGUCAUUACUUAACAACAUAUGAACAGAUCAAAAGCAGCAGUAGAAAUUAUAGUUGUGUAAACACAAUGAUUUCUUACCUUUUGCUUUUGU